AUGAUUCUAGCUUCAAUUCUUCUGACAUUACUUUUAGAUUCAAUUAAGUCAUAAAGAACCUACUGCUAAUUGCCUGAUCCUAUUUUCAAUGACGGAGUUAAAAAUUCGACCUGGGGAGAUUCAGAUCCUUCGGAUUGGAAUUACUUAAACACCAAUGACUGGAAAAGCAAAGUCGUGACUUGUGGUGCCAGCUUUUAAUCUCCCAUAAACAUAAUAACAUCUACAGCAACCAAGGAAUCUACAUUCCCAGCCAUUAAUUACAUACUGAAGUCUUCAACCAAAAAUUACUUCGAAGCUCAGAGGGAUUACACCAAAGAAUUGGAAGGAGAGUACGAUUUUAUCACUGCAUUCGAUAUAUCUAAUUCUCAAUACAAAUAUUAUGCUAGGCAGUUCCAUAUUCAUACUCCAUCCGAACAUCAAGUCGAUGGAAAAAACUUUGACUUAGAAGUUCACUUCGUGCAUCAAGCUGUCGAAGAUGGAGAACAGAGUUGCAAUGACAUCAGAAACAAAUUGACUGUCUUUGGAUUACUCUUCUAAUAGUCUAACACUGCUUCAGAUUACGAGGUGUUCAAGCCAUGGUUUGAUGACACCGUCAAUAGAGUUUCAUCCUUUGAUAUGAACGACUUCUUCCAAAGAAUGACUGACAAAACCUAUUAUCAUUACACCGGCAGUCUCACCACUAUACCUUGCUCUUAAACUGUAAAUUGGUAUGUUUUUACUUCCCCCUUGCCCAUCUCUAAAUCGCAAUUCAAACAAUUCAAAGACUUCCUCGACAGUGAUGACUACUUCCCCGAUUAAUCCAACAAUCGUCCCGUUCAAAAUCUUAAUGGACGCACCCUCUACAAAGGAGUAAACAUCAAUCAUCAAUUUCUAGACUGCUUCUUUCAAUGGAGUGACCUCUCUUCCUGUUAUAGAAGCAAGUUGGGGUUCCAUUAUCUAGAUGGCUAUGCUAUUAAUAAUCUAUUUGAUAAUAUGAUAUAUAUCAAUAUUCAUAGAUUAUCAAUGGUUUUAAUUUUAUCGACUAUUUCUAAAAUCCCAAUUUCUAAUGUGUCUAUUAAAAAAUUUAAUCAAUAAUAAACAUGCUCAAUUAUUAUAUAAUAAAAAUUUAAGCUAGCUAUUAUGCAGUAAUAAUCUACUUUCAGAGAAUCUGACGGCGAAACUACAUUAUAUACCGGAGAAUAAAUCUUAAAAAAAACAAAAACCUUUCAACAAAGGGCUACUGAAAUAUUAAGUGUCAAUGCUUACAAAAUACUAUACACGAUAAACAAAGAAAUUCCUAAAUUUUUAAAUCCUUAUCCUUAGUUUAUUCGUGUUUAAGUCUCCAGCUCGUUAAGCAAAGCUCAAUAAUUUUGUCCACAGUUAUCAUGUGAUAUUGAAGAAUGGGGAAAAAAUAGAUUUACAAUCGGAAAAUUGGAGAGGGAAUCAGUUCAUUUGUACGAUGACGUUUAUGCCUGGGUUAUGUUCAAUUGCGUAGAGUACCCAAAUGAGGAGAUGAUGAGCCCCAUACACCUUCUGGUUGACUAUUCAAACCUCUUUUAAAUACAUAGUCUGGAAGAACAUUGUACCCAGAUUAUCCAUUAAAUGUAAUUUAAUCCGAAGACCAAUAUUCUUUCACUUAAAACUAAGGAAUUACUUGCCAAGUCAACCUUCUAGAAUAAACAAAAGAUUAAAAUCUAAGAUGUCUCUUAAAUGAGGGGCUAUCCUACUUGCAUUCAAAUAACUCAAAAUUGUGAGAAUCAAAUACUUGAAGACGGCAACAUCUUUAAAGUCGGCUAUUAGCCACUGUUAACAGUUAGAAAAAUUUAUCACAAAUUUCAAAAUUUCUUUGAGAGAUAUUCCACUAAAAACAAUAUUGAUGACAUGAUUUUUGAGGCCCUGCAAUCUCUUUAGUCCAAAGUUCAGUUUUCAGGAAUUGAUGAAAGUGUAUCAGAACUAUUUAUGCUUGUUCAAGACAGAAGAAUAAACAAGGCUGAAUAUUUGUAAAGACUAGAAGAUGAAAAUCUGAUGAUGCAAUCCAAAUUAUACACAGCUUUGGAAAAGAAUAGUAUUUUAUUGUAAACAUAAAGGGAUGAAAAUCCCAUUGAACAUUUCUUGUUGGUAGCAGAUCAAAAGAAUUCAUUCCUUUUUGGAAGAAUGGAAUUCUCAGAUAUCACCUUUCAGUCUACUUAAGUAUCAAGAAAUCAUGGAACCAUAGAGUUUAUACCGACUAAUAAUAAAUGGAUUAUAAUGGAUGGCUAGUAAACUUUUGAAUAGUCGUGGAAAAACAGUACCUUUGGAGUGUGGUUGCAGAUGAACCCAAAGACCUUCUACUAUAUUGAUACAGAACAAAUGGUAAAGGUGGGAUCAACAAGUAUUAAAAUGAUACCAAACAAUGUGAAAACAAAUAAUCAUGAUAUUGAUAAUGUAAUCCAACUGAAUGAAUUCAACAAUUUAAGAGAGAGGGAGAUUGAAGAUUUUACGAACACAUUACUUGACCUAUGA